CACCUCUCCGCUCGACGCAUGCCUGGAAUGCUGUGGCUUACGGCACGCGCCCCUCAGCUCUGCCCACCAGUACCGCCUUGAACGCGCGCCGCACGACACUGGGCGACACAGACUCCCUCUAUUGUUCAGAGCCAUGGCCGCUGCCCUCUCUCACACCUCCGUGGACGAUCUGAGGUCGCUCAGUCGCCAGCCGCCUUCGGAUCCAGACAUACAAGCGACUCUCUCCGACUUCCUCACCUACACCGAGCAUUUUCCGUCCCAUCUCGUGCGCGCCUUGACGCUGAUCCACGAACAACGAGUCAAGGCUGAGACCAACAUCAAAUCCGUCCAUAAUAACACGACUGCAUAUAGCACUUUGCCCAGCAUCAAGCGCGCCAGGCCGGACCCUGCGCAAUUGCGAAGAGAAAUCAGUUGGGCUCUCGACGAUGCGGAGGCUGCAUGUCGCAUGGCCGCCGAGGAGGCUGGCAGGUUGGACGAUGAGUGCCAACGCGAAGCAAAGCGUUUGGAGAUAGUGACCGACAAGCUCAAGUCGCAACCGAAACCUCCUUCGCGAGAUCCAACACCCGAGCAACAAGCGCUCACAUCGCCCAACCUCAAGCGCGAGCGCCGGAUGAGCACGAGGGCGGAUGACAUGAAAGCUGAAAAGCAUACGCGUCGCGUGCAGGACAAAGCCGCAAGCAAGUUACGAGGAAGGAAGGUCAUGGUGCCCGGAGAGGUGCUUCCUCCGCCCGACCCUAAUGCGCCAUUUGAUAACAUGUCAGAUUGGACAUCACCCCGACCUUCACCUCCCGUCAUGGACGAUGCUGGUGAGCAGGACAAAAAGAAAACCACGCCUCGACCUCGCUCAAGAACACCAAAGCCGCCAAGAGCUGAGAAGGAGAACAGACAGAGGUCAGAGCGGGAUCGAAAGGCCGAGAGUAUGAAAUCGCGUGGCCCACGAGCGCCAGGACAGCCAGGGACCAACGCCCACUCUGCGGUCGCCGGGAUUAGCACCUCUAAUGCGUUGCUGGCACUCACCGAACCGCCUCCAGAUGCGGCAAAAGGUAGUAAAUGGCUGCCGUGGGUCAAACUUACGGAGUGGGAAAUGGCGAAGCUGAGGAAGCGCAUGAAGAAGAACGCAAUAUGGGUUCCAUCGCAGACUAUGGUACGCCGUGAGCUCAAGAACUUAGGCCGUGGCAUAGCUGGCAAAGAGGCCGCGAGGCUGGAGGCGGAAGCGAAUGGCACUACACUCGUUGAUGAACACAACGAAGUGGAUCCCACGAAGGUCGUCAUUAGUGGCGAGGAAACCGACCAGAUCAAUGCCAUGCUCGGCCCUCAGGUGUACGUGGACGAUGAGGACGCUGACGCUGAGCUCAUCAACAGAGGAAUGCGACUCAAUGAAGCGAAGAAGCUCAAGCGACAGCGGCUGCUCGAGGAGCAGGCGCUGCAAGCACAGUUAGCGCGUGAACAAGGCGUUGAGCCCCCUUUGGAUAGUGGCAAAACAGCGUCGCCUGAAGGACAGAAGAAGCGUAAGCGAGAGGCAACACCAGCUGCAGGAACGUCGAAGACUGCUGGACCGAAGUCACCAGAGGCCAAGGCCAAUCCACCGAAGCGACUAAAGCUCACCGGACCCUCCAACAAUCCGCCCACGACUUCGAAGAUCCCUUUGGCCCCGGCUGGGGUUUCAUCCUCGCCGCAAGCCGCAACAGCGGGUCGACAGCGCAAAGCCGCCACUCCGCCCGCCACUCGGCGUCCUACCAUCACCAUCAAGGUUGGAAAAGCAGUAUCUGAGGAGCCCCCAAACAGGCGCCAGAGCCUCCGCAGAGGAAGCAACGCCAGCCUGCCCAGCAACAGUGGGCCGUCCGCGAGCACACCUGCCUCGCCCAAAAGUACCGGCACGAGCAAAGAUGCCAUUACAAAGAGCGGACGCCGAUCCAAGAGACCUCCGCCCGGUGUCAUCACUAGUAACGACGACGACAGCGCGAAGGCCACCAUUUCUCAACGGAAGGCAGCUCCGAAUAGGAGGCGAGGACAGGGUGGAAAGAAGGAUUCUUCGAUGCCAGCAGACCAACUUGGCCUGAGCGCUACGGAAGCUCCUGAAGAAUACAUUGAUCCAGACGAGCCUCGCUAUUGCAUAUGCGGUGAUGUGAGCUGGGGCACCAUGAUUGCGUGUGACAACGAGACGGACUGCGAAAAAGAGUGGUUCCACCUUGAUUGUGUGCAGCUCAAGGAUCUUCCGCCGCGUCGUACCAAGUGGUAUUGUCCCGACUGCAGGAAGAAGUUGAAGGUCGGGCAAACGACGAACGGCUUGGUUGGGAGAAAUUUGGGAGCCAGCCGCUAGAGCGCGGCACUUCCCAACUUGUGGCAUACGGCGAAGUAGCACUGUAGGAAUAAAGUAGUAUAUGCAUGUGUAAUGACCUGAACGUGACCGCAGUCCACCC